AUGGAUGAGGAGAAACACGUCAAGGUGGACUCCCCCGGGUCCCCUGACAUUGAAGAUGUGCAUCUGGCCGACAACGCCGACGGUCUGCACCGUCGUCUCAACAACCGUCAGAUCCAGCUGAUCGCCAUUGGUGGUUCCAUCGGUACUGCUCUGUUCGUCAGCAUUGGCGGCGGUCUCUACAAAGGCGGCCCCGGCAGUCUGUUCCUGGCCUACACCAUCUACCCGUGCAUUCUCGCUCUCGUCAACAAUUCCGUCGCUGAAAUGACUGUUCACAUGCCUGUGUCUGGUGGCUUCAUCCGUCUUGCUGGUCACUGGGUUGAUGACGCCUUCGGCUUCAUGGCCGGUUGGAACUUCUUCCUAUACGAGGCCCUGCUGAUCCCCUUUGAAAUUACUGCCUUUAGUCUGGUAGCUUCGUACUGGAGCGAAAAGAUCCCCGAUCCUGGUCCAACUGCUGGUAUCUGCCUCGGCAUCAUCUUGCUCUAUGGUCUUUUGAACGUGCUUGCUGUUCGCGGAUAUGGUGAAGCUGAAUUCUGGCUUUCCGGCGGAAAAGUCAUCCUGAUCUUCAUGCUGUUCGCCUUUACUUUCAUUACUAUGGUUGGCGGCAACCCCCAGAAGUUCGCCUAUGGCUUUUACUACUGGCAGAACCCUGGCGCAUUCAAGGAGUACCUCGGCUCCGGAGCGCUCGGUCGAUUCGAAGGAUUCCUCGCUGCUCUGUGGAAUGCUAGUUUCGCCGUCGUUGGUCCCGAAUACAUUUCCAUGGUCGCUGCUGAGGCCAAGCGCCCACGCAUCUACAUCAAGACCGCCUUCAAGACCGUGUACUUCCGUUUCGCCCUCUUUUUCUUCGGUAGUGCUCUGUGCGUUGGAAUUGUGCUCCCCCACAACGACGUGAAGCUCGCCGUUGCCAAUGGUGCUGAGAUCGAGGGUGUUGAAGCCAACACCUCUGGUGCUGGCGCUUCCCCCUACGUUAUUGCCAUGGGUAACAUGGGUAUCACGGUGCUGCCCCAUAUCGUCAACGUUCUCAUGUUGACUUCGAUCUUCUCUGCCGGCAACACCUACACUUUCUGCGCCACCCGUUCCUUGUAUGGUCUGGCUCUCGAGGGCCGUGCCCCCCGCAUUCUCCGCUACACCCUGAGCAAUGGUGUGCCCAUCUGGUGCUUCUGCAUUGUCAUGAUCUUCCCCUUCCUCUCUCUGCUUCAGCUCAACUCCGGCUCCGCCAAGGUUCUCGACUGGCUGGUGGCCCUCAUGACUGCUGGUGGUAUCAUCGACUUCCUUAUCAUGUCGACCACCUUCCUUUUCUACUGGCGCGCUGUCAAGGCUCAGAACUUUGACCGCAACAAGCUGCACUACAAGGGCUGGUUCCAGCCUUACGGUGCUUGGAUCGCGCUUAGUUUCCAGAUGCUCCUGGUCAUCUUCUACCAGUACGAGGCUUUCAGACCCAAGUUUGAUGUCGAGGUUUUCUUCCGUGGUUACUCCAUGCAGAUCAUCGCCAUCCUCACAUUCAGUGGCUGGAAGCUGUACCACAAGACCAAGUUUGUCAAGCCCGAAGAGUGCGACCUGAUCUGGGAGGCUCCUGUCAUUGAUCGCUACGAAGCCCGGUUCACCACAAAGCCACCUGGCUUCUGGGCUGAGAUGCUUCAGCUCAUCGGCAUUGGCCGCAACAAGUACCCUGAGGAAUAA